AUGGAGUUGUCUUUGCCACAGCACACAUUUGUUCUUCUCUGCUGGUUCUUCUCUGCUGCUACUGGUGUUCCCGACGGCUACCCUUUUUCCUCCAAAUUUUGUUCUCUGCUGGUUCUCUGUUGGUUCUCUGCUAGUGCUGGUGUUCCUCUGCUUGCUAGUUCUUUGUUCCUUUGCUGGUGCUUGUUCUUUGUUCCUCUUCUCCACUUCUCAAAAGCGUUCCUCUUCUCCCCACCACCGGUUGUGCCUGAAGUUAAAAAAUUUAGAACAUCGGGCAUUGAUCCUGAAUUCGAAGCGAAGUUGGACCAAAUGUUCAUGGGGAUAGUUGCAACAGGUGAUAAAGCAUGGGCACCUUCUUCUGGUGAUGAGUAUAGUUGACGAUUACAGCGGUGAUGAAAGUGAUGAAGAAAGAGAAAAAAAAAAGAGAUUUUACAACGCAUAGAAUGUUUUAACCGAUUAUUUGUUGUUGCAUCUUCUUCCGUGCAAUUAUAUUACGAGAAGUAUAUAUUGAGGCAACCAUGCAUGGAUUC